AACAAAUUCUCCAUGUUUAUAUUUCGCUGACCACCGAUCGAGAACGUAUUUUUCGAAUAGUAAGCUUUGUAUUUCUAAGGCUUGGCCUCUUGAGUCAAAAUAUAACAUCCAAAGAAUUUGCUAGAGUUGCGAAGGCGAGCAGAUCUUGUUUAUUUUGACGAAGAGCUCUUUGCAUAUGGAUGUGGCCAUUGGUCAAAUAUGACCUGCACUGAAGCGAGGGAAUUCUUGUCAGCAUAAUAACACGAUUUUUUCAAACGUAACUAUAUACUUUCUUUGCGGCGAAUGUAAUGCUGAGCAAGGAUAUGGACGUGGUCAUUUCUGAAGUUGUCAUGGAAGGAGUAUUGGCAUGAAUCGGCUGCUUUCUGUGGUUGUAAAUCCCUGGCGAAAAUGGAUGACCGGACAGAUUCAGAUCACGAUGGUGUUCUCUCAGAUGACCAACCUCCACAUGCGACAGUAUGCAAAAAGAUGGAGAAGCUUAUAAAUCAGAUGCAAGACGAAAAAGCUGGAGUACCCAUCAGAACAGUAAAAAGCUUCAUGUCCAAGAUUCCAAGUGUUUUUACUGGGAGUGACCUAGUCGAUUGGAUCAUGGGCAAUAUUGCCAUUGAGGAAAGAGGGGCUGCAGUGCACCUGGCUUCACUCCUCGCAGCAUAUGGUUACAUCUUCUCUAUCACUGAUCACCACUUGAUGGUGAAAGAUGAUGCUUCUUACUAUAGGUUUCAGACACCAUUCUUUUGGUUAUCAAAUAACUGGGAACCUGAGAAUGUGGAUUAUGCUGUGUAUUUGUGUAAAAGAACGAUGCAAAAUAAGUCCAGACUGGAAUUAGAUGAUUAUGAAGCAGAAAACCUUGCGAAGCUACAAAGAACGUUGUCGCGGAAAUGGGAAUUUAUAUUUAUGCAAGCGGAGGCACAAGCAAAGGUUGAUAAGAAGAGGGACAAAAUGGAAAGACAAAUAUUGGAUAGCCAGGAGAGAGCAUUUUGGAAUGUUCAUAGACCGCCGCCAGGUUGUGUGUCGGUAACAGAAAUAGAUAUAAAAAAGGCUUGUAAAGCGGUGGACUCAUCACCGACCGCAAAAAGGAAGGUGAACUUUCUACAAGAGGAUUCGUCAAUGUCAUUGUCGUCCUUGUCUGCGCUGGAUUUUAUCCAGAGGUGUGAACAGUAUGCAGAAUAUGAUGCAUUUAUUUGGGCGCCAGAGCCGUCAAAUCCAUGGAUAUCUGAUGAUAUCACACUCUGGGAGCAAGACAAGAGUUUACAUUACGUUCCUCCAAAGCGUGUGAAACAAUGGGCGUUCUCAUUAUCAGAACUUCUUGCUGAUCCUUUGGGCAGAAGACAUUUUGCGCGCUUUUUGGAAAAAGAAAUUAGCGCUGAAAAUCUAGGAUUUUGGCUAGCUUGUGAGAAACUCAAAGCAACGCCGAUACGGAAUGUGCCAAGUAAAGCUCAAGAAAUUUUUAACGAGUAUUUAUCUGAUAGUGCAACGUCUCCGAUUAACGUGGACUGCAAGACAAGAGAAGAAGUGGAGUUAAAUCUAAAAAAUCCCGGCCGAUAUAUGUUUGACUCCGCUCAGGAUCACAUAUUUCAGCUGAUGAAAUCCGACAGCUAUCGGCGUUUUAUCCGCUGUGAUCAGUAUAAAGAACUCCUUAAGGCUCCUGCGAAUAAACAGAAAAGCCCACUACCCACAAAACCACUACAGAAUCUUGCGCGGAUUGCUGGGAAGACAUGACGCAAGGCCUUCUGGAUAAAUUGAAUUCACCGUCCUUCUAGUCGUUAAAUUAUGCAAUUAAGCAUAUCAUGGAAUGUGUGUUGAAAUAUCCUCUGUUAGUUUUCCCAGAACCGAGAACUUGAAAAUUUAUAUGGUUUUCUUGAUCAAUUUGUUGUCAACUAAAAUUCUAACUGUGAUCAUCAUAUCCUCGGGACGGACCAUUAGAACUAAAUUUCUUAGGGGAGGAAAGGAUGGAGGAAUUUGUUUGUUUGUUUGUAUUUCCUCUUUUAUCCCUGGUAAGGUAACUUCUUAUUGACCAAACGUGAGGGCCAUACUGGCGAAUAUUGGUGCGAGGUCGUGGAAGUACGGUCUAAGCGCAGCGAUGUCGGUACAAAAUCUACCGAGGGCCAAUGUUUCAGUCGUUCAGUUGUUUAUUAUAUGGUACUCAGACCAAACUUGUUUAUUUUGAAUUAUCCGACUUUUUCAUUCAAGAUUACGUGGCUUACGACCGUUGCUUUGGAAACAAAAUACCAAUUAAGUAAAGAACCAAUCAGAACGCUCGGAUUUGCCUCAAGACUACCUUGACAUAUAAUAAUUUUAUUUAUUUCAUCCUCGUCUUCAUCCCUAAAAUUUUUUCUAGUUGACUGUCCCUCAUUUAUCUGUUCAAGGUCCGCGGAAUUCUGCAGAGUUUAGCCGAACGGAGUGUUAGCGCUGCUUGCGCUGAAUUGUCACGAAUGUUGCGUUACCUCGUGACGUCCAAUGCAACAUAGUCGUCAUCAGUUAGGUGUGAAAGUUAGAUCGCCUCUAGUACAACGCGAAGGUUUUCACAUUUGAUUUAGUUCCAAAACUCGUUGUGCCUGACAUGACAAUAAGAAGCAAUUUAAGAGUAUUUGUAUUUUUUUUAUCGAGGGGCAGGCGCAGGCUUACUUCAUGCAUUUCAGUUUCAGUGAUGUUCAAAAGUAAAUUUUAGUUCAAAUGAUGCUUCGGGAUUCUUUGUUCCUUAUCCAAAAUACGAAACAGUGACGAUUAUGGUUGACGCGAAAUUUUGCCGCCGAAACGAUUAUUUUGAUGAAAACAAUUAUGCCUGUUAGAGAAGCUAGCCUUUUUUUUAUUUUCUUUUAGUAUUUUUUAUCUCUAGUGAAUUGUAAAUACUCCUCUUGCGACCGCUUUUUGGUUGUCACGCAAUGUUCCUGGAUGUAGCAAUCUGUCAAGCAAGCGUCGAGUCACGCUACAACAAACGCCUCGGAAGUCUUGGCAAGAUACAAGAAUGGAUUAAUACAAUGAUUGUACUAGUGAUGAAAAGUAAUGGAAAUGUUUGAAGCAUUAUUGAUAAUUAUUAAUUAUUAAUGUAUUGAGAUGUCUAUGACUUCACUGUCGUAAAGUGAUUGAAAUUGGUUAUUUAACUUAACAGAAUUUAUUGUGACGAUAAUUCAGAGUGAUUUAUUACGAGAAGUAUUCUUGAAUAAAAUGAAAAUAGAACGUUUUUUAAAA